ACCAAGCUGAAGCUACUGAUUUCGGCUCUUCUCUCCUAUUCUCCGAUCAUCCAUGAUGUGGGAACUCCGCUCCAUAGCCUUCACGCGAGCUGUCUUUGCUGAAUUUCUUGCCACGCUGAUUUUCAUCUUCUUUGGCUUGGGAUCAGCUCUCAAUUGGCCUACUGCCCCACCAAAUGUCCUCCAGAUCUCACUGGCCUUUGGCUUGGCCAUAGCCGCUAUGGUUCAGGCCGUGGGACAUGUCAGUGGGGCCCACAUCAACCCUGCCGUGACUGUGGCCUGUCUAGUGGGAUCUCACGUCUCCUUCCUGAGGGCCGUCUUUUAUGUGGUGGCACAGAUCCUGGGUGCCGUGACAGGGGCUGCCCUCCUACAUCAACUGACACCACCUCACAUCCGAGGCAGUUUGGCCAUCAACAGGGUGCACAACAACACAACAUCAGGGCAGGCAGUCACCAUGGAGCUAUUCCUUACCUUCCAGUUGGUCCUAUGCAUUUUUGCCUCCACUGAUGACCGCAGAAGCGACAACUUGGGAUCCCCAGCCUUGUCCAUUGGAUUCUCUGUCACUCUAGGUCACCUACUUGGGAUCUAUUACACCGGCUGCUCUAUGAACCCGGCUCGAUCUUUCGCUCCCGCAGUGAUGGUGGGUGACUUUGACAGCCACUGGGUCUUCUGGCUGGGGCCAAUGAUCGGGGCAGUGGUGGCUUCCUUGGUGUACAAUUAUGCCCUAUUCCCCCAUGCGAAGACCCUUUCCGAAAGGUUAGCCAUCUUCAAAGGUUAUGAGCCGGAAGAAGACUGGGAAGAGCGAGAAGUUCGCAGGCGGCAGUCGAUGGAGCUGCAUUCCCCGCAGACGCUACCUCGAGGAGUGAUGGAGAAAGUCUAAGCUAACUCCAGGGAAAGGAACAGGACAUAGCUAAACACGUUCUCUGGUAUCUACUUCUGAGCCAAAUGUACAUUCCUACAAGCUGCAAAGGCACUGUGCACGUUACUCUUCCCCCCAGGGGUGGUAUGUGGUUCUAUGAUGGAGCAUUCAUGGAGCCUAACUCAUUAGAUCAAAGUGUAAGAGAUGUGCCUUUUUCUCUGAUAUGGGAAGAGCCCCUCAAUGAGCAUUCAGCUCUUUUUAAUAGAUAAUGGGGCAUCCUCUUCUGCCUAACAAAAAUAAGCAAAUGUCUAGUAGCAACUUAAAGGCUAACAAUUUACGCAGACACUUUUUCCCUUUCCUGUCCUCCCUAACAUUCUGAUGAUAGAGGAAAAGGCAUUAAUCGCAAUAAUCAGUUCAUACAAAACAAAACAUUUUCUGAGGUCCACAACUUUUUAAAGUCUGACUUAUAGAAUGAUGGACUGGUAAAUUCAAGAAUUCUGAGUUUCAGUGUUGCUGACUGUAGCCCAAGUCAUCUGGCUUCUAAUCAAAACUCCCACCGUACAUACAGUGAGUCCCUUUUGUUGCUUUAUACCAUUUAUUAAAAUGAAUUUCAAUUCAUUGCAUUCCCAUCUUUGGGUAAGGAAGCGAUCUUUAUGACUGCGCCAUGCCUAGAAUAAGCUCAUACCGAUCAGUGAUUUCAAGAGAUAUUUUCCAACGGCUGCUAACUUUGUCUCUUCCCAUGCAUUAAAGCGUUAACUCUUAAUAUGCUUGUGACACUAGUGAUCCUUGCUUGCAUCUCAGAUGUAUAAUUUAACUGGAAAAAAUAACAACUAUGGAGAAGCGGAACAAUAUAGAUCAGGGUCACAGCACUAGAGAAAGGUGAGAUUAAUUGAUCCUCUGUGCCAUUCCCCUGAUCAAAAAUGCCCCCUCUGUGCCACUUUAGGUCUGGAGGCGAGAGAUGGGUAACCUGUAUUGUGCAUGUCUUUAAAACAGCUUAAGCCUGCAUUUCCAAUUGGGACAUUUUACAAAGGGGAGACUUAAAACAUCACUGGUUUGUUUCACAGCCCCUCCCCAUAUGCUGCUUUUUUUGUAGCUAAAGAAUCCCCAAACCAGUGGAGGUUGGCCUUAGGUUGGCCCUGCUGAAACGUUGAGAUUGGAGGAUGAUACAUGUUGCAAAGACCAAUGAGGUUGUCAUUGGUUGAUUAUGUUUUGACCUCCUAACCAGGAUUGCCAAGUCUCCUGAGGGCCAAACUAGGGGAUAGGGGCGUGGGGUGGGCAGCAGAUACUUACCUCCCACAUGCGCAAAGCAUGCUUGUGCCCCCACGUCACCAGAAAAUGACAUCAUUUCCUGCACAGCACAGAAGCAAAAGGUUGUGACUGAGGCCGAUUCUCUAAAAAUUGUCACUCCUGUAUUGCUCUGGAAAUUAUGUCAUUUCCCAUUGACACCGAACACACAAGCCAAUUUCUGUCAUGUGCCUCCUGGGUAGUGCGCACAUGAUCAGCUGGUUCCCUGUGCCCUCUCCCCUGCCAGCUGAAGGAUGGAGGGGGCGGCAAUUGGGGGGGAGCAGCUAUAGAUAAGGGGUCCUUGCCUGCAGCAGGGGACUCCAUCCUAACAUGCUUGCAUUUUUCUUUUUUAAAAUGGUAUGCAUGUAUAUUAAAAAGAAAUUUUAUAUUCUUAUUCAUGCUCUUUAAUAUCACUAAUGUCAGUUUGCAGUUUGCAGAGACACAAAGCUUGCUGUUUUGGACAUAUUAUAAAUAAAUUAUAAAUAAUAAGGAUGAGGGUUUUUAUGGGGGCCUUGAACUGCAUUGAACAAUGUAAGAUUUUUGUGUCUUCCAUAUAGUUGGCGUCUUUUAAACAAAUGUGAUCUUUUCUGAAGUAGGAGAUAGGGGGUGGGACUUGUAACCUAUAUUUUGUGGUUUUAUUUCAUUUCAUGUUUAAUCCAGUAUGACCUACAUUCUGCACUGGCUCAUUUGCACAUGCUCUUGCUUGACUACUUUGUGCAAAAUGUGUGGCAAUGUGGGGUAACGACAAAGGCGACAUCUGUCAGAUAUAAUGGAAGUUGUAAAGCAUUAAACUGAACGAUGAAUUGAA